CUCUGUCCCCCACAAUGUCCCAUUUCUCAGAACAGCAGAGGCCAGCGAUGCGCCGCAAAUCGUCGGCUCAGAACCUGUUGUCGUCGUUCAAGACUUCCAAUUCAUCGUCGAGCACAUCAAUACCGCCGCCCCUCGCCCUAGCUCAAGCUACAUCCGUCGCAUCUUCGUACUCUUCGGUCGGUAAUGGGGCGACACCGACAACCGCGACGCCUCUGAGGGAAUGGGACGCGCAAUCGCUACACUCGGAUGUUGCUCUCGCAGCGGCGGCCAGUGGGAGUCCCCAGAUCACGCAAGGAAUGUCGGUCGAGUACCUACGCGAGUUAGUCAACAAGAGGAUUCUCACCUUGACAUAUCUACGGAGUCUGCAUGAAGGACGGAGCCAUUGGUUUCACACCAUCCAGAUAUCACGCGCCGACUUGGAUAGAGUAUUUAAUAACAAUGUUAUGAAGAGACGAACGUCACGAUUUGCGGUUCUUGCACUUUCUUUGUCCAGCCUGCUCGACAUCAAUCAGCCUCAGGACCUCCUGAGAAGCCUCCUGAACAUGGUUACUGAACACGAUCAAGCGAAAGAGGAGGGCGACAAGUCAAAAAUGCGCAUAUUUAAAUCCAGAAACCAACGCCGAGGCACGAAUGCUGGCAUUCCAGAGUUCGCCGGCAGCUUUUCAGAAUCUUCAGAUGCAACAUAUCUAUUCACACCCCACAUCCCAUUUGCUUUAGACUAUCAUGAAACCCUGAUGUCCCUCAUCGAUGUCCUCUCGGAAGUAUACAACAAGAUCGCCAAACUCCUCGGCCCUUCCCCGUUCCACUCACAGUCGAACAUGAUGGGUCCUCUAGGCCAACUAACCCCACUACCUGGCGUCUCCUACCUCUUCACCGGCGAAAACAUGUCCAUGACGGCCCCCACUUCCUACUUCCAACAAACAGCACGGCAAGCAUCGAGUGUGAAUUUCAGUCAGGUGUCUGGACCUGGUUAUGAUCAGAGUGUUAGCAGCAGUCUGUGGGGAAUCGCGAAUGCGAGCUUGACAUCCGGGCCCGCGUUUGGAGGUGGUCUUUCCAGUCCUCCAGCUACGAAUUGGACGCCCAGUCUUGGAGAAAUGGUUUUGAAGAUUGACAGUAAACUCAAGAAAAUCACCGGUAUGCUACUCAAGGAUCUCGACGAUCUCGCGCGGAACGGGAUUCGAGACGAACUUGCGUCGUUGGAUCCUCUGUUGAGGAAUAUUCGAGGACCACAGGAGAAUCAGCCUGGCGCCAAUCGCGGAUACGAGUAUGAUGCUAUCUAA